GACUAACCUUCCCGCUCCUCCUUCCUCAGUCCAAGAUGGCGGCGCAGUUCGUGCAGACCAAGCUGAAAGGCGACAAAGUGGUGUUGUUCAUCAAGCCGACAUGUUCGUACUGCGUCAUGGCCAAGGAGGUGUUGUCCAAGUACAAGUUGAAGCCAGGACAUGUGGAGUAUGUGGACAUCAGCGCGCGGAAAGACAUGAGCAGCAUGCAGGACUACUUCCUGGAGCUGACCGGAGCUCGCACCGUCCCCCGCGUGUUCAUUGGCGAGGAGUGUGUUGGCGGCGGCAGCGACGUGGCGGCGCUGCACGACAGUGGCCAACUGAAAGGGAUGCUGCAGUCCAUCGGCGCCCUGCAGUGACUUUGCUGGACCAGCAGUCCUUUGGCGUCCAGGUGAUGUCACAUGACCAGGCAGCGAGACUUGCGUAAUUUGCGUCGCCGCUGCUGAUACUCGCUGAGCUCCUGCAGAUAUCCUCUGGAUGGCCAGCGCAGCCUCUCCACCUGCUCCCGCUCCUCCUCUGCAACACACCUCCAUGUUUACACCGUCCAAUCACUAGAAAGACUACUUGUUUGCAUAAAGGAUGACGAUAAAAUAUGCUAAUAAAAUCUUGAAAUUCACCACAAA